AGGGGCGGUUGGCUAUGGCGGUGGGCAAAGCUGAGUGAGCGGCGUCUUCUUCCUUCCCUCAGUCCCGGUGCCCGUCCGACUCUUCUCACUGUCUCUCUCUCUCUCUCUCUCUGUCUGACCGCUUCUUCGCCAUCAUGUCCGGGCGGCGGUGCCCUCCCCCGGAGAGAGCGGCGGCUGCUCUGGCCGCGGCUUUCCUGCUGUGUUGCGCGGUGGCCAGUGUGGCCGGUAUCCCGGAAGAGGAGAGGAGGCCGGUCAAAGCCGAGGCCGGGCUGCAGAAAGUGCCCUCACCACAUUCUGUGGUAAAUGCUGUAAGUGAUGAAUCCGUUACCAAGACGAACUUAGGAUUCAUACAUGCCUUUGUUGCUGCCAUAUCGGUGAUCAUCGUUUCUGAGCUGGGUGACAAGACAUUCUUCAUCGCGGCUAUUAUGGCCAUGCGCUACAAUCGCUUGACUGUCCUUGCUGGAGCUAUGCUGGCAUUGGGACUAAUGACCUGUUUAUCUGUUCUUUUUGGCUAUGCUACCACAAUAAUUCCCCGAAAGUAUACGUACUAUGUAUCAACUGCAUUGUUUGCAAUAUUUGGCUUCCGGAUGCUAUGGGAGGGUUUAAAGAUGAGCCCAGAUGAAGGACAGGAAGAGCUGGAAGAAGUACAAGCUGAAAUUAAAAAGAAAGAUGAAGAUCUUCAGAGAUCAAAGUUGGGAAAUGGCCCACAAGAUCUUGAGACUGGAGCAUCAACACAUCUGCCACAGAAAAGAAGAAUGCCUUGUAUUUCCCCAGUGUUCAUUCAGGCAUUUACCCUCACCUUUUUGGCAGAAUGGGAUCGAUCACAGCUGACAACGAUUGUGUUAGCAGCGAGAGAGGAUCCCUUUGGUGUAGCUGUAGGAGGAACACUCGGCCAUUGCCUGUGCACUGGGUUGGCAGUUGUCGGAGGAAGGAUGAUUGCACAAAAAAUCUCAGUUAGAACUGUUACCAUCAUUGGUGGAAUUGUUUUCCUGGCAUUUGCACUGUCAGCGUUGUUCAUCAGUCCAGACAGUGGUUUUUAAGAAGAAUACUUGAUGUGCUGUCCAAGAAGAAGACUAGCAUUGUUACCAGCUGUACCUCCUAUAUAUGUGUGUGUGUGUGUAUAUAUAUAUAUGUACAGAAUAACCACAUAGAUACAGAGGAUGUAGUGUAUAUCUGACCAUUGUGUAAAAUGCACAUGUAGAUUCUGAAGUUUCUUGUGAGUUUUCAAACCAAACAACAGUGCUGCGCAUCAUAUUUUACUAUAUAAAUAUUUCAGGAAAUGGGUGGCCAGGCACCUGUUAUCUACUGUAAAAAAUGGAAAGCAAAUCAAGGGGGAGGCAGCUAUGAUGCACCAUGUAAGAUAGAACUCCAGCAUCAAGUUAUCCUUUUGGGAUUGGGAAAUCAAACUUAAUAGUGAAAUAAUUAUUUAUUGCAAUGCUCACUUCACAAUACAUUUUUCUUAAAAAGUCUUUUGCACAGAACAUUUUUCCUACAUGGUCAGCAAUUCACAAUGUGUCAUGCAAAGGAUUGCUUGUCAAUCUUAUCACCGCUUUUUCCCUCUCGAAUGUCUUGGGUUUCUUUAUUUAAAAUGGUUUGUCAUAGUUUAAAGAAGGGGAAAAGGCACUUCUCAAAAACAAUAAUGCUAAGUAUAACAAUAAUGCUUUUAUUUCUUAUAGUGCUUUAUUACAUCAAAGUGUCACAACACACUUCACAGGGAAUUGUUGUCAAUGUAGUAACUAUUGGUAGGUGAAUGUGACAGCCAAUGUGAACACAGAGUUCUACCUACAGCUGUGACAUGAAUGACCAAUUUUAUCUGGACAUCCGAGGACAUCAGAAGAAACACCAGUCUCUUCAAAUAGUGUAUCUUUAAGGUUCACAUGAACAGAUAGAACGGUUUGUCUCAGCCAAAGAACAGCACCUCCAAGAAUGUGGCGUUCCACUCCCCUCCCCACAACGCUGCACUGGAUUCUCAGCCUGGACAUGAGCUCAAAGUCCUUGACACAAUACUUGAGCCCACAACAAUUGAUCAGCAUUACAAAAAAAGCUUUUAACUAUAGGAAUAAUGCCUCUUUAGAAGGGAAGGUAACAUGCAAUAGGUCUGUUAGAAUAACUAACUGCUUAUCAGAGGACAGUGUCUUCGUAAGCUCAGUUUGAAGUGCUCUGUUGUGUCCCUGAUAAUACUUGGAGAGACAAGUGAAUAAUGUAAUGAAAGAAGUUACUUCAGUAAUUUUUUUAAUAUUAUCUUGUUAACUGAGUUUGCUAGUACAACCUCUAAAUUAUGAGCAUUUCAAUUACAAUGUUUGUGUUAAUUGUUCAAAUUGUUUAACAAUUGUGUGGCCGUUUGCUGGUUACCAGUGUGCUUUUGACUGGACAGAUCUUCAUUUAGAAAUAUGGCAUCAGCUGGCUUACUGAUGUUUUGAAAUGCCUGCUGGAGAAUUGAUCAGGAGUAGGAAGCAGCGGUUGUUUUUGCAAUAUUUUUAGGAUUAAAAUAAUAAUACUUGCAUUUGAAAUAGCACUCUCACGUAAUUGAAUCAUCUCCAAGCGCUUUACAGGAUAUACUGUGAAGUUGAUUGACUGUAAUUGUUAUUGUGAAGAACUGCAAAAAAAGUAAGUGUUGUUGAACCUGUUAUUACCCUGUCAGAAUAUUGCUCUAAAAUCAAGUACUGUACAUAUAAAUCUGUCCAAGAUCAUUGUAAAGUUUAGUAUUCGUUUAGUUUUUAAGAUGAAUGUUUGCAGGAGACCCAGCAGCAUUUUUUUUGUUCUUGUCUAAAAUUGUGGAAAUAAAUCUGUCACUAUUUUCAGGUUAUAUUUUUUCUUUUACCACAAAUUUUGGUUGAACUGUAAAAACUCACCAUCUGAAAAUGCCAGUAAUAACCUUCAAACUGAAUAUUUCAACCAGUUGAAUGGAGUUUGAAAUAUUGCAUUUCAUAUAAUUACCAAACAAUAACUUGAAAAAUAUAUCUUCAAUGAAUAGUGGCAAUCACGUCAACCACUUUAAUUUGGAGCGAUUUAGAACAUUUCAAAAUGCUGAGAUAAUGUCUUUUCAAUGUUCAAAAAAAAAUUCUUAUCUAAAGCUAAAUAAUUGCUGCCAUGUUGAAUAGCACAGCUUUGGCCUGACUUUAUCUUGCAAGAUUUAUUGCCACUGUUGUAUCUGUUCAUAAUUAAGUUUGAUAAAGAGGUAUUCAUAAACUUCAGUUUAUACGUGGACAUUAACAAAUAUCCAAAAUAAAUUUGCACAACUUAAGAUCCAAUUCGUGACUAUUUCACUACAUUCAAGUUUAUCUUAUCACACUCUGAAGAGGUUAAACUGUUCAGCAUUUUACACAAAUAUAAAUAUGUUAGCAGUAUAAGAUGCUCUUUACUAAGGGAAUUUUGGAAUAUUUUGUGAUUGAAGAUGAAAAGAAUUUUGAACAACUAGGAUUGUUUUCUUAGAAGCUAGAAAACCUCAAAUAAUUUGAAUUAGCAGGUAACAAUCAUCUACACAAUAUAUAGAUUUCUGGGUAUAAAUAUCUCCAAUUUUAAUGUCACACUUUAAUUUCUCUAUAUAGCAUUUACUGAUAUGGUGUUGGUAUAUGUGGCAAUACAGGAUAAGGAUUUUAGAGUAACGUUUGAGCUGAUACUUUUAAGAGCAUUUGUAAAAUGUUACCUUUGCAUAUUUUCAAUGUGGUCCAAAUGAUUGAUAAUUAGAUGGCAGCUUAGUGUUUUGGUACGGUUAAAAACUGUGAUUCACUGAAGUGAAAAGGACGGGAAAUAAUUACCCAGGUGCAUUAAUUGGAACUUCUGCAACCUGAGGCAGAUAUGCUGUCACUAAACUAAUUAGUACCAGUAAAGUUGGUUUAAAAAUGAAAUUUUGUUGUAAAUGCAAUUUUGUUGUAAAUAUAUUCUCCUGAUGCCAACAGCCUGCAUUAAAUCGAAACACUUUGGGGAAAUCUUGAAUUUCCACUUGCUUUGUUGCUGUUUCAGUACAAAUAAGAUUGUGUAAAUAAAAACAGUGCUUUAAGAAACCUUGGGUCAUUUGAGAUGGGAAGCAGAGUUACGUGGUUGAUCUGGGCAUAGACUUGGCCAGUUUGUAGUCUUUGCUGGGAGUUGGGAAAGAUACACUCUUGAAGCCAGGUGAAUCUGCACAUUUUUUACCUUUCAGACUUGCAAUUUUCAAAAAAGUGCAACAGGAGGUUAAGUAUUCAAUAAACUUUUGCAAGUUAUUUAUCAGGUACUCAGCUGUUGGAUUCAUAAAUGAAAAUGAUGCACCUCCUUGGCAAUAGUACUGUGAUUCCUAUACUAUAAUUGCUUUUGCUUAUGUUCAGUGUUUUUCUUCCAUGUAAUAACAGGUAUAGUAGUCUUGCUUUGCAUUUCUAAAUGUCUUAAUUUUCUAACAUUCAAUUAAAUUAGUCAGUAAAAUUACAUAGAGGUGGAGUACAUCUUGCAUACAGAUUACCAGAAUAAUUCUUUUUUUUUUUAGUUGUGAAGACUAAUUUGUAGGACCAUGAAAAUAUAUCAAUCUACAUUGAAAAAAAUAUAGUACAGUACAAAUGCUGGACAUAAGUCAAAACAUUACAUAAAGGCUGUGCUUUUAAGUGUGAAUGCUAAUAUUUUUGUCUCGCAGGAUUGGACACUUAUUUUGAAAUGGAAUUUAGUUCUGCUAUAUUCAAAACAUCAGCAUGACUACACAGAAUUUUCCACUAUGAGUCCCCAGUACAGGUUUUCAAACUUCCUUUAUCCAAUAUUUUGAGUUUAUCUCGAAGGUUAUCGACUGUUUGUAAUUUAUUAUAAUGUUGCAGGUUUCGAUCUACUUGACUUUGUCUAGUACAAGGUGCUUUGAUCUAGAAAGCUACAAUUAAGUCAUUUGAAUUCACAAGAUAUAUUUUUUGGCUAGUGACAUUGCAAAAUUUGAAAGGUUUAUUGUAUGCAUUAACUUGAUUUUUACUAAACCUUAAAUCAUAGUUUUUGGGUUUUGUUUUUAGUUUGUGGUAUUUUUAUGUAUGUAGGAAAAGUUGUGCUGCUGAUACACCCACCGUUUUGUAUUGUUAACUCGCAAUAUAAAUGUUUGGUCAAUAUUUGACGCAUUGCAGCAACAUUUUCGUUUCAAUAAACUUUUUUGACCCUGUA